AUGGCAGCAAAUGUUAUUCCAUUAUUUAAAACUAAAGUAGAUCGUGAGUCAAAGUUGAAUUAUAGGCCGAUUUCAUUGUUAGAUUCAUUAUCUAAAAUAAUUGAAAGAGUCGUUUUUACAAGACUUUACAAUUUUUUGUUGGAUAUAAAAUUCUUAAACCCAUUGCAAUCAGGCUAUCGGCCAGGUGAUUCGACAGUAAAUCAACUAGUAUAUUUAGUACAUAAGAUCCACGAGGCAUUUGAGCAAGGCAAAGACGUAAGAAUGGUUUUCAUUGACAUCAGUAAAGCGUUUGACAGAGUUUGGCACAAGGGUCUUUUACACAAGCUUCAAUUAAUUGGUGUUGGGGACCCUUUAUUAAGUUGGUUUGAAAGUUAUUUAUCUAAUCGGAAACAACGAGUGAUCAUAGAUG